UUUUAGGACACAUAUUAACAGCCGUUGACGGCAUAAAUUAGCUUUAAUUUGUUUUUCUAACUAACACAUUAAACCCAGUUCUGGUAUUAUACACAUUAGUUGAGAUGACUCAAAACAUGACACUCCUUUGUUGUGUUGAACUGAAACAAACUUCAGGGAAAUGUUUCCCGAGAGGCAAAAAUAAACACGCUUUCCACCCCACCCUCUCUGCUGCACCUUGUCUUCUCUCCUCAGUAUCCUGCGCAGGUGUGUGUUGCAGAAGCCGGAUGUUGUGAGGAGCGCCAAACCUUUUUACGCACCGUCCUGCAGCCUCACCUUCAGCGUCACUUCUGUGCUUCCACACCUGAACAUCGGGGUGCAGCCGCAGCGGUGCUCCUGCUGUCCUCUCAUACUGAGAUGGACUGAUCUUCCCCCGGAAGCCAUGCCUUGUCCUGCGGUUCAUUUCGGAUCACGGAGCCAAGUCCUUGCAGGGAACCGAGCCGUCUUAAAACGACGAGAUUCCAGUUUCUGCAAUCCCGCAGCCGCCGUGCGCACUGUAGGCGUGGAGCUAAGAUCCAUGAUCUCAACAGAAAAGAAAACCGGUUCCUCCAGCUCAUCUGCCCAUCCUGCGCUGGCGCUUCAUUGUUAUGUUUCCCGACAGAGAGGCGGCUGACUGUGUGUCCCAGGCCGGGUUCGGUGCUCCUUUAAUGCCUGAUCGCUCCUUAAUGUCCCGGGAUGGAGAACUGCUGCCGCUCCUGUUGUCCCUGCUUGACCCAGCUCUGGAACUGGAUCUGGCCCGGCAUUCGCUACCCGCCCAUCCCCAAUCAGAACCUGGUCAUCGCCAACCCGGGGGCCCGGCCGGACGAGAUCCGCACCGUGUCGGGCGAGAUCUGCGUCCCCUUGCCCAAGAAGCGGCCGGCGCAGCUGUACGCGGCGCUCUACGACUUCCAGGCCCGCAGCGACGACGAGCUGACGGUGAAGGAGGGGGACAAGCUGUCGGUGAUCGAGAAGAGAGGGGAGUUCGUGCUGGCCAAGAAGCUGACCGGGUCCCCGCAGUCCGGACUCAUCCCGGCCAACUAUGUGGCUCUGCUGCAGGACGAGUUCGCCAAACACAAGUGGUACUAUGGGAACAUAAACCGCAUGAAAUCUGAGAAGCUGCUGCUCGCUUCACAAAAUAAGGAUGGAGCUUUCCUGGUGCGCAUCAGUGAGAGUCACAGCGAUGAGUACACAAUAUCUGCCCGAAGUGAGGGGAAAGUAUUCCACUUCCGGAUCCAGCGCUCUGUGAUUGGAGCAUACUUUUUCUCAGAUAAGCUCUCCUUCGCCACCCUGGGUGAGCUGAUCUCGUACUACCAGAAAAACCCACAUAACCUGGGAGUGAACUUGGUAAAGCCAUGUGCCCAGCAGCGGGAACUCUUCGACAUGGAACCUUGGGAGAGACCGCGGGAAGAGUUCAAACUCAAUAAGCAACUGGGAGAAGGACACUUUGGACAAGUAUGGGAAGCUUACUGGACCAAAGAGAACAGAAAGGUCGCCAUAAAGACGCUGAAACAAGAGGACACAAAGCAGGAUGAGUUUGUAAAGGAAGUUCAGGCACUAAAGAGCCUCCACCAUCCCAAACUGAUCCAGCUGCUGGCCAUGUGCUCCAGAGGAGAACCUGUCUACAUUGUAACUGAACUCAUGAGCAAAGGAAGCCUCAAAUCCUACCUCGCCUCAAAUGAAGGCCAGAUGCUGAAAACAGCUCAUCUCAUCUACAUGAGCAGUCAGGUUGCAGACGGCAUGGGCUACUUGGAGGACAGACACAUUGUCCACAGGGACCUAGCUGCCAGAAACAUUCUAGUGGGAGAUGAUCUGGUCUGCAAGGUGGCUGACUUUGGAUUGGCCCGGAUAAUUAAGGACAGUGUAUAUACUGCCAGUAGAAACACAAAGAUCCCAGUACGGUGGACAGCUCCUGAAGCAGCACUGCACCAGCGCUUCUCUGUGAAAUCAGACGUCUGGUCGUUUGGUGUGCUUCUGUAUGAGAUUACGUCACGUGGCAAAAUGCCUUACGAAGGAAAAACCAAUAAAGAAGUUCUGGAAAUUUUAACAUCAGGGCAUCGGCUGUCGUGUCCUCACCACUGUCCUCAGAACAUUUACCGAAUCAUGUUGAACUGCUGGCAUCUUGAGCCGUCCAAAAGACCUUCGUUCCACGCCCUGCAGAGCGAGCUGGAUUCCAUAUAUGAACGGAUUUAUUACAAGACUGUAGAGGUGUAGAAGGUAAACAGUGACCUUCUUCUGCUGACUGGAAGCCUACAAAACAAAGACAGAAGAAAAUGUUGAUGAGGAAUCUGUGAGGUAUCUGUAAAAGCUUUAAAAAGACUAUGGUAUUAAAGGAAGAGGAUGGAAAAAGAAGAGCAACACAAGCAGCCCAACAUGGAUAAAAUGCUGGAGAAGAAAAGGACGAAGAAAACCGAAGGUAUUUCAGAGAGUGACUGCAAGACGCCAGAGAUGAGUCUUUAAAUAGGAACUCAGCAAACACCUGAAACUGGUUUGAAAUUCUACUCGUGUGUUUAUAGAUUAUAAUAUAUGAAAUGUGCCAUGUUUGAAAUAUUACGAGCUGACAUGCUGGGGGGUAUGUUACUGAUUCACUUCUGUUUUGGAUGCAAACAAAUUGUGAAAUAUUGAUAUUUUCUCCAAUAUUUAAAUGAAAGCUGGAUUUUAAGCCACAUUUAGCUAAAUUAGUCUAGAGAAAAUGAAUUGUAUUCCUUUAUCAGUUUAACACUUCUUGCUCCAGAGCUAAAUAUCUUGAGGAAAAGACUGGAUGGCAGUUUGGUCUUAAAGGACCUUUAAGUUUCAUCAAGAACAGCUUUGGUUUUUUAUGUGACUCCACCUGGUGCCUCCACUGAACUCUUUCUUCUCAUUAAACCAUAUUCAAACAUAAUGAUUACUAAAGUGCUCCCUUAUCUCAGUGUUUCUUUUAUAUUAAGAGAACAAAGUCUUUGCAGGAAUAAACUUUACACCAAAUAAUGGGGGUUUUUCUGCUAAGAGUUGCAUUUUAGUUUAAGGAAUACUUGGAAAAAGUCCAAAUGUUGACUGACAAGCCAACACCUUUUUAAAUGUGAAUUUAUCUGUUUUCACAACAGUAGAUAAUUAGGCUAAUGUUAUCCUCUGGCAAAGUGGCAAAUGAUUACUAAGGUUCAUUUUUGUAGAAAGCACAAGGUUUCGUAUAUAAGUUUGUCUACACCAAGAAAACAUCCAAGAAGGUGCUUCCUCUUCCGGCUGCCAUAUUGAAUUUAAAGUAUGGCUGCCGAUUGUUCACACCUUUGCACAACCCCUGUUGUACCAGCUGAUAUUUACAUAUAGGGCCAGUAUAAGUAGGAAAUGGGCUGAAUAAUGAGCACCAGAUCAGGGUGUCCACGAGUUACAUAGAGGCCUCAAGUAAAAUUAUCCAUACGGAGUUGAUUCGGAUAAUUAUGGGUAAAGUUUUCCACAGCAUGAAAUGAUUUUCUUAAGCCAUUUGAGACCCAGCUAAGGUUUACAUGCCCAUUUAGUCAACCCAAGUGGGUCACAGUGAAGAAGCCCAUUGUGAGCCCAGGUCCACUUACUACCGACCCAUCCUGUACAAAAUCUAUAUGGGGCCCGCAUGUUUUUUUGUGUGUAGCUCAUAAAAUGGCAACUAGGGUGUAUAUUAAUAUGUUUUCAGUGUUGGUGAACACAGUAUUGUUGUUAAAAUGUACAUUAUUCAAAAGGGCCACCUUGAUUAAAUCCUACAGCCAUGAAAAAAUGUCUGAGCUGAUUUAAUGUUCUGAACUUUGCAAUAUUCUAAACUAUAUGAUGUGACAAAUACCCAAACUGUUCAGUUCAACAAAUUCAUGAAUUACAAACAAAACAAAUUUCUAAAAGUACUGAUGUUUUCUGAGAAAAUGAAAUGAUUUUGAAGAUUUGUUAUACAGGGUUAGAAACAUACUAAUAGCUGCAUAUCUUUAUAUGGCAUAUUGCUGCCAUCUGGUUAAAAUAUGUACAUAAAUAUAAAUACUCUAGUUGCCAUUUUAUGGGCUACAGCGACAGCAGAGCUCAUGGGUAGAAAUCUAAAUACUUUUGGCUAUAUUUAAAUUCUAUACAGCAGCCUUUAGAGGAGACUGCUGUAUCGUCUAUCCAUUUCUCUUCUUCAUGAUUUCUGCAAAAGGUGAAUAAUUGCCCUCAAAACUAGCCUAGCUUGGCAUAAAAAUUAGAAACAAAAGGAACCAGCUAACCUAGCUCCAUCUGAUGUUAGAAAUGCUUCUUCAAACACAUUUAGAGCCCACAGUUGGUGUUUUUGGUGUAAUCUGCAUUAGCUUCUUUAAAUAUUUGCUUGUAGCACUAAAAUCUAAGAACUGUAGCAGCCAUGAUUGGUUGCUUUUCUACAACACUAUGCUGAACUGGGCCCAAAUCCUGCAGCCCAUGUCUUCCAUGUGGUACCAAGGUUCUUAUUUCACUCUUGCUAAAAAUGCCAAUAAUGUUUAUUGUUACUGAAUUGUUGUUUCGAAGCUGAUGAGCAUGACAGCUUGCCGUGUGGAAGCAUGUUAACGUAAUACAUGUUAGCAUGGUAAUUGAUCAUGCAUCUAAUAGCAGAUUUGUUUGGUACAUGCUGCACCUCAGCACAGUUUCUUUAGCCUGCUAUUCUCUGAUUCUAAAACACAGGUGAGGCCCGGGCUGAUAAUCUAACAGGGGCUGAAACAUUUACUGUUCAGCUUGUGCUCCAGUGCUGCUCUCAGGACAGACUGUAAAAAGAUCUAUUUUUGUAUUUUUAUUUGUCCACUUCUUUGUUUCCUGACUUCAUGCAGAUCUGUUCUGUCUGUCUUGUUAUCAGAAGGUCUUUUAAACAGUUUACCCUUUGUUGUAGGGGCUUAAUUUCCAUUUGGGAUUAAUAAAGUAUUUUUGAAUUAUGGAGGCUUGGCUACAUAUUACAUAUCUGAAACAUCUUAACAAAAGUGUUUUUAAACGCUUUUUUUUAUUAACUCAAGAUGCAUUUAAUGGUGAGUAACCCAGCGCUUGAAAAGCCACUGGAACACAUUGCCAUAUGUCCAUGCCUUAAGCUCUUUGAAUGAGCCACACUGAUGUCCAGUAACAACUACGGUGCCUAUGUUUACAAUACAGACUGUACACACAGUUAACUGAUGAUAUUUGAGCUACAGAAAAGACAUUUGGACGAGAAAGACUUGCAUGGUGGCAUAGCCACAUCCUGUGGGGUUAUCUUCAAUUGAGGCAUAUAAAACUGUAAUGUUGCAACUUGCAAUGCAAUUUAUGAAUUAACCAAUUCUGGGUGUUUUUAUGCAUGAGAUUUGCAGCAGAUGAAGCCAAGUUCGGGAAACUUGAGCCAUAAUCACCAAAUUAUGAGUCAUUGUUUGUAUUUGUGGCUUUUUGUGUUCAGGUACCAAACACAAAUUAUGCAAAAAAUAAAACAUUUAAUGUCUUGUUUACAAAAAAA